AUUCGCAUUUAACGGUCUUAGUUAUUUAUUUUGUAUCCAUUUUGAAUUCGGAAUUAUUAAGGGUAUCAUGCUCUCAAGCCAAUGCAGAUCCCAGUUAUGAAAAAGAAAUAUCCCCCAAAAUGGGUCAACAUACGCCCAACACGAGGUUUAACAAAAUUCAAGAAAAUGUCUUAAGGGAAAGUGGAACGAUAACUUUAGCCGACAGUCCUUACUAUGUAUCCGAAGAUAUUAUUAUCCCAUCAAAAGCUAGUGUAUACAUCGAACCUGGAGUCGAGAUUCGAUUCGCACCCGGAGUAGGAAUAGACGUAUAUGGUACGCUCAUUGCCAAGGGAACGCCUCAAAAUAGAAUCCUGAUGUCGAGUCUCGAACAGGAUUUGGAUUUUCCAAAUCAGGAAAAACGCACAGCUAGGUUAACCGAUGGCUCAGAUUUAUCGAAUGGGAGAUUGCAAAUAUUUUAUAAAAAUAAAUGGCGUACUAUAUGCACUCAAUCCUUCAAUUGGUCAUUUGUGACGGAAAACCCAGAAUAUUCCUCUCAAAGGUAUUGGAAUCAAAAGGAUAUAACUAUAGCCUGUCGCGGUGCUGGAUUCGACAAUGGGACCUUUGAUGGCUGGUUGAAUAAACAGUACGAAUCAGAUCACGUACUAUUAGGUUCUCCUAGCUGUUUUGGGGAUGAAAAAGAGUUGCAACAAUGCGCUAAUUGGAAGCGUGCAAGAACGGGGAAAGGAAUAUGUGGGGAACCGGGAGAAAAUUACAUUUUAGGCAUAAGGUGUUGGAAUGACGCUUGCCUGGGGGACUCUUGCUUCAAAUUUUUUAAAAAUUGGCGAGGAAUAUUCUUUAAAAAUUCAAGCCACUUUUCAACUGUAACCUCUUUCGAUUCAGAAAGCUCUAAACUGUUCAACAUCGAUCAAAACGAUUAUAACUCGCACAUUAAUGAUCGUAACAGACCCUUACAGCCUUUCCAAAACAUAUUUUACAACGAGCGUAACAGGCACGAGAUCGAGAAGCGUAUUGUGAAUCAGGUAAAUUGGCAACACAAUAGAUCAAGAUCCAGGUUGGAUUUCAUCGACCUCACCUACGCGGGCAGGGAUAGAUACGGUAAAAGAGUCGCCGCUAUCAAAGCGGAAGGCUACGCGCCCGCCCUGAAUUCGGUCAACAUUAAGUAUUGUCAUUUCACGGCACUUCACUAUGACCGUAUAUUGGGUUCUCCCGUAAUUCGUUCUUCUAAUAUCGCUUUCAACCAAGGAGAUGGAAUCAAUUUAAACGCUCGUAUCAUAGGUAAUGUAACGAUAGAAGGAACACGCAUCGCGAAUAAUUAUGGUAGGGGGAUUAUAUAUAGCUUAAAUUCGAUUAUCGAUACCCGGAAUUUCGAUUUUUGCUCCCGUCCUUAUUUGGGAUUGAAUCAAGUUUACCCCGUCAUCAUCUCAGGGAAUCAACAUUCGCAAUGCAAGCAAAUCUUUUUGACAAAACACGGUUAUUUUACCAUACAUUUUUCCCACCUGCGUUCGAACUUAGAAAGCUUAAAUCUAACCUCGCAUAAACGAGCCUACAUAGAAAUUAGGGACGGUUCAGAAAGUUACGAUAAGUUGAUAGCCAAAAUUUAUUUCAAGGAUUUUUUGUCCCCGCAAAGCAUAGUAACCACCGGUCCAAAGGUUUCGAUGAAAUUUUCUUACUCCUCACCUCUAUCUUUCCAAGACAAGCUAAACGAUAUACGCAUCUCAUUUUCACUUUAUGUAGUCAAUAAGAAUUCGCGAGAUUUAGACAUAAAGGACUCGAUCAUCAACGACAACGGAAUGCAGGGGAUAUUGGUAAAUGGAUAUAGGAAUGCUAUUGAAAUAAUGAAUACAAACAUUUCAUCAAAUCAUCACAUCGCAGGGGUUCAGAUCGAGAGCGGAGCCGGGAAUAUCUUGAUCGAAAAUGGAACUUUCGAAAGCAAUCAUGGUUCGGCAGUAAAUAUAACUUAUUCAGGCGGCUUGAUUAACAUAACCAAAUGUACGGUUCAUGAAAGUGAAGGAUACGGCGUAGCCCUCAAUGUCCACAAUAAUAGAAAUGAUGAUCGUGCUUAUUUAAACCCUGGUAUCAUGUCUAAGGAAGCAAUGGUUUCAAUAUUUGCACUCACAAAUAGCAAUCCGAUGCUAUUCGUUCACGAAUGUAAUUUUAUGAAAAACCGCAAAAGCUCAAUAUAUUUAGGGAAUUACCUGCGGGAAAUAAUGGCGUUGGUAUCGAACAUACGGGACAAUAUUAACAAUUACCCAGAAAUUCAAGCAAUGCCUAAACAUUAUUCGGUAUCCAUAAUUUAUAACAAAUUUUUGUUGAAUUACCAUUAUCCGAUCCAUAUUGAUUUUAGUGAAGAUUGGCGGACUGAUAACCUAAAUUCUUAUAACAUGACAAUAUUUACCAAUAUUAAUAAUAACACUUUCGAAGGCAACCUUAGACCUGGGCUCAAAUUCUUAUAUCAUCAUGGGAUGAAACUUAAGGCUAGCAUAGGUUCAAACAUAUUUUCUAACAAUAGUAAAGGCGCAAUUAUAAUUCAAAGUUAUCGAGAAAACGAAUUCAAGGAUACUGAUACACAUUUAGACUCCUUCAAUAACCAUUCUAAUAAUAGAUAUAAUGAUUUUUACGGGCAAGGAGCUGAAGUAGAUGUUCAUUACAAUUAUUUCAUCCGAAAUUCUGGAAAUUUUGUCAUGUUAAUCGGCCUUAUAUCUAAACCCUAUUAUGGACCAGGAAGACUUCAUGUCACUUACAAUUACUUUGUCAACAACAUCAUUAGAAGUUACGCCCGAUCUUUAACUAGCACUUACAACACUAAAUCCAGGAGUCAGAUCCACGCUGUGGUAGCGAUAACUGGAUGUUCCGUGGCAAACCUAAAGGUGGAAAGGAAUCAUUUUGCUAAUGCGCCGAUUUUUUCAGAUUAUGAACUUGGCACCCGGUGCAAAGAUAGAUUAGCCGUAUUAUCUGCCCGAUUUAAUUGGUUUGAAUCUAAAAGCAUCAUAGACCAGUUACAAAUUAAUGAGAUUUAUGACAAAGUGUUCGACCAAAAAUUUCGUUAUAAUCUAGCCAAAUUUGAUAUACAUCCUUUUCUCAGAACCUCUAACCUAAACGGACCGACCUCGAACACACCUUUUACCAGAAAUUUUUUGCGGGUCACUAAAGACUCUGAUUAUAUAAUUGGUGGAAUGCUAGAAGAUCGUUUCUAUUUAACGCGUGAAUAUUCGCCUUACACAGUUAACGAAGAUAUUUUUGUCACGCGAACUGGCGAACUGAGGGUUGAUCAAGGGGUCGAAAUCAGAUUCGAAAAUGGGGUCGGUAUGUUUGUUGAGGGAAAAUUAUUUGCGAUAGGUUUAGAGAGUGCAUAUCCGCCUAGAUCAGGAAAUAUUUUAUUUUUGCAAAAAAACACGUUACUACCGAGUUAUUUUUUGAAUGAAGAUUACCUCUCUAAAAACCUAAGCGUCGAUGAGGCCAAUGUUACAAUGAAAACCAAAGGCGUCUACGAUUACUAUGAUUCUAACUCCACGACAAGCGCUUAUUACCAGCCUAUCAAUGACGAUAAAAAAAAUUGGGAAACUAUUUUGCAGGAAGAAGAAACAUUGUAUCGCAAAAUCAAGAACGAAGAACUGGAGUUUCCCAAAAACGUCAAAGUUCUCAACGACCUUAUAAAUGAAAAAUUUCGUCAACGUUCUCGGAAUAUUUUGAUAGGCCUGGACGGGAGACUCCAUGUGCAUAUUAACGGUAGUUGGGGUACGGUAUGCAUCAAAGGAUGGACGAUUAGAAACGCUAUGCUAGCUUGUAAAUCGAUGGGUUUAGUGCUUGACAAAAGAUCUUGGAAACUAAAAGCUCCCCCGGCAGUUAAAGGUCGAGGCUGGAGUAACAAAGAGAUCCCUUAUCCGUGGCCCAUUUUAAUGAGCGAGGUUAAUUGUGACGAGUCAGACAAUGAUAUAACGGAGUGCAACCAUGAAUUAGAAAUCGAGCAUUCUUGCUCCCACGAUGAUGAUGUGGCCUUGAAAUGCCUGAUUCCCAAAUGGGCUGGUAUACGAUUCGGCUUUUUUUCUCAAAAAAGCGAGAUGAACCACGUGAUCAUUCAAAACAGCGGAAUUUUUGAUAUGGAUACAGGAGAAACUGCUCCUGCUCUUACAUUAGACUUAAACAUUCAUGAUUUAAAACAUGUGGAAUUGGAUCGAAAUUACUUUGGCGGGCUCAGAGUAAUAUUUAACGACUACUUAAAGCCUCAAAUCAUCGAGCACAGUCGUAUUUCAUUUAAUGAAGGAAACGGUGUUACCUUGCAUACCCCAGGCGUUUCCUUCCUGUUCUGUUCGUUUUCGGAUAACUCUGGAGCUGGUAUUCAUUACAACCCAUACUUGACAGAAUGGCAAACCGAAGAAGUGUUCAAAUGGAACAAGGAUUUGCGAUAUCCAAACGCUGAAAUAAUUUCUAUGGAGGAGGUCGAUACUAUGAUCGCUAAAGAAUACGUACUUCAAAAUGAUAAAGGUAUAUAUUUAUAUUUUGGGCGACAAGAUUACGCAACUCCGUAUGAGAAAAAUUUGAAUAUAUCCACUUUUAGGAGUAAUGUACUGACGGCGCAACUCUUUGGAUCUAUUAUUGACUCCUCUAAGACUUUUAAAUUGGAGAUUAUAGACCACUUUCAAACAUAUAAACGCGUUAUCGACGUUAGCAAGAGUUGGGCUGAUUUUCCCUUUAUAUCUAUCACUUGGAAUUUAAAUAUUCACUAUAACGUAUUUGGCAAUAUACCACAUCCUCCCUUUAUCUUGUACAUUAAAGCAAUAAAAAUUCCAGUCCGAACACAAAUUACUCCCUAUAUAAGUAUCUUGAAUUCAACGGUUUUGCGAAAUUCGGAGGGAGCCUCAAUAACUCUAUAUGAUUCGUUAAAUAACAAAGAUAUCUUCACACCGUUCCCGGAUCUAGCAUUAUUUCAUAAUGAUUUGCAUCUGCGAUAUUCUAACCUAACAUUCUUGUUAACCGGCACUAAUUUCGAGGAGAACUCAAGAUCUGCGAUUACGCUGAAUUCGCCCUUCCACAAUACUCAACAAUAUUCUAUCGUCAACGCGACCAUCAUAAUCGAGAACUGCAAUUUCAAAAAAAAUCUAAAGAUAUGGUCGACGAAUGAUUUGUAUUGUUAUGACUCUAAUAACAUCUGGACGAUUAUAAUGAUUCACAACAAUUUUCAUACCAAUUUUGCAGGUUUGGAUAUGUACUUCCCUUUCCUAAUUAGCGACUAUUCGAUAUCGAGAAAAGAUAUUAACCGGUUGCAUGCCCGUCAUAGUUUAUGGUUGUACAACAAUACUUUCGAAAAUAAUCGGAAUUUCUCUUUCAAAAUUCAAGGAGCUUACUUGAAUAUGACCCUCUCGAGAAACGUAUUUCAAAAUAAUGUUGGUAUAAAACUCCGGGAAACCUGUUGGGGAAAAUCUAAAUUUUUAGACUUUAUUAAAGCAAAAAUACCGUUCGGGAUACUAGAAAUAGAAGGGGCCAAUAAAAUCAUUAACCUGCUUAAUAAUACUUUUGAGGGAAACAAAGCUGAUUUGAUUUUAAAAAUCAAUAUUGACUCCAAUGAUGGACCUAUUAUUUUUAAUCCUUCUUUAACGAAAAACGCUUCCUCUGCAGAAACUAUAUCAUCCAAUUUCGUAUCAAUCAUCAAAUACAAUUAUUUUAGACACAAUUCACCCCUAUUAGAUUAUUCUCCUUCCAGUAAAAGUGUCACCAAUCAUUUUUCUAAUUAUUUAAUAGGCAUAUUUGGUAUACAACCUGUUACGCUGAAUUAUAAUGCAUUUCAAAUUAAUGAUUACAAACAUUGCUUGAUAAGCGGGUUAAAAUAUAAAUCAGCCCUGAAUAUUGCUCUUAAGUUUUCCAGAGUUGAACACUCGUUAUCUUACCCAUCUAUAGAUGCUAGAUAUAAUUACUGGGACACCCAUGACAACAUUCAAAUACGCUCGAAAAUUUUUGACUUUUACGAAUGGAAUUCUUUUGUAAACACGAUAUGGUAUCCGUAUCUUUCCAUACCAGAUCUCGACAAUUCUCCCCAUUUCCAUGGAUCCUAUGAGCCGCAACAUUUUGAUCCGGAUUCUAAAUUUAUAGGAGGUUAUUUAAUUAAGGAUGCGAUUCUACUUAAACGCCCACAGUCUUACAUAGUGAUCCACGAUAUCACAAUACCUCAAGGCGUAACCUUAAUGAUCGGAGAGGGUGCGGAAUUGAAUUUUGCACCAAACAUAGGUAUUUUGGUGUACGGAAGUUUAAAAUGCGAAGGAACAUCUGACCAAAAAAUAAUAUUUGACGUCAUUAACAACGAAGAAUCACAAAAGGAAGGAGAAAAUAAUAGAGUCAAUAAGCGAUCUUAUCCUAACCAUUAUUUCAAAGCGAAUGCUACGAGCGAAGAUAAAUUGAGACGGUCAUCCCCUAGUCUAACAUCAUUUGGACAAGUUAACGAUUACAAUUAUUUAAAUUUUGAUUCCAAGUUUCCAUUUUUAUUGCGAAUGGCGGGUGGAAUUUUAGGGCCUAAUGAAGGAUUCCUCGAAUACUUAAAUUCUACCCAUCAACAAUGGUUCCCAUAUUGCGAUACCUACUUUUCGGGUGUAAACGCCAAGAUUAUAUGUGGAUCUUUGGGAUUUUCCUACGACAAUGCCUACCACUAUUCCGGCUGGCGAAGUGAUAUCGACACCUUUUGGAUAGACCACGUUAAAUAUUGGGCCCACCCGCUCGAUUGUCAUGGCAACGAGAAGUUAUGGCAAGAAUGUCAUCCACGGCUGAUCAACAAUCAAGUUCAACAACAUACUAAAUGCUACGAUCGAAAAAAUCACAUCUACUUAAGAUGUCAAAUUAAAGAUUCCUCAUUUAUAGAAAAAACGUUUUGGGGCAACAUAAGAUUCAUGAAUCCAUUCACAGAUCAUUUUCACUAUAAUGGAGAGGAUUAUGAUUAUACUCUUCUGAGGGAUAUUGACAAAGAUUAUCCAUCGAUGAUUUCCGUUCUGAACAACGUUAUCGUCAAAAAUGCAGGUCACUUACAUGGGAUGAAAUCUUCGGCCAUUCAAAUAUCCAAUGAAGCACAAGUCGAUAUUGAUGGAUUGACAAUUGAAGGGUGCGCAUGGCACGGUAUGCACUAUUUUAAUCCAUCUAAUGACAUUGAUUUGAUAUCGAGAAAUGAUGAAAUCAUUAUUCGCGAUAAUAGAGGCUUAGGAAUCAAUAGCAUAAAUUUAUUAGACUCCGGGAACGCCGACAAGACCUUUGAAGAUGGCAAGAAAACUCAGGCAUUUAACUAUGCAAAUUAUUUAGACCCAUCCUUGUUUGGAUCUUCCGCAAUAUUGGAUAUAUGUGAUGGCGGUAUGCCUAUUACAAUAUCCCCUUUAAAACAGAGGCCUUUACUAGUAGGUUAUGCGUAUGAUGAUACGCCUAAGAAACGAUGUCUCCAAAUAUUUAAAAUUUCUAACCAAAAGACAUUAGGAUUCCGUAUAAUGCACGCAAAUAUUCCUUCAUCUCAAGUCUCACCUUUCGCUAAAACCACCAUCAUUAUAUACAAAGAUGAAUCCUUUAUUCAGGAAAACAUUAUUGUUGAGCUAAAUUCUACGAAUAUAAACUCCAAAAAAUUAUAUGAAUCUUUGACUAAUAAAUUGGGAAUUUUUAUGGAAUCAGAUUCUGGAGAUUUCACCGAAUCUUGGGUUGGAGAAAUAAUCAGUUUCCCAUCCUCGAUAUAUUACAAACAAACCACGCACCACCUAGAGAGCUUGACCUUUAAAAAUAAUCUUCUUGGUGCUGUAAAUUUUGUCAGUGUCGGGCAGACAACUCCAAAUCUGCAAGUUGAAAAAAAUAGAAUUAUAAACAACGGGUUUCAUUCUCAUAAUUUUUCAAGUCCGCUAGCCAUUAUAACCAUGAAUGUGCAAAAUAUUCAAAAUUUAUUGUUCGUCAAUAAUUUCGUUGGAAAUAAUUACGGAAACAUAUUUCAACUUCAAAGUUUUUCUGACUCGAGUACUAUGUCAUUAAAUGGUAUCAUAAAUAACAAUGUGUUUAGUCAAAAUUCCUAUGGGGCUAUAAUGAAUUUGUUGGGAAGCGAUCCAUCUAAGACUAAUCAGAAUGUUAAAAUAUCCGAGUGUCUAAUUGUUGAUAAUUACUCACCCUUGGGAGAGACUAUCAGUAUAAAACAUCUUAUCGUUAAUAUGAGUCGAAAUAUCAUUCUAAAUAACGUGGCAGUAAAAAAUAUUUUAGCAAUACAUGGCUUUGAAGAUGUUAUUCCGCAUAUAGCUCAAUCCUUUUAUUCGAAUCAUAUGUACAAUAAUACCGUUAUGGAAAUACCAGGAGAAAAAUAUCUUUUACAGAAGUCUAUAAGUUCCCAAAAAUUAAUGUAUUCGUCUACCUUGUCAACUAUAUUUGUCGGAAAUUCGUUUCAAGAAUAUAUUUAUAAUUAUUUCGACAAUCCCAAAAAUGACUAUGAAUUAUCAUCAAAUUAUAAAUACAAUUGGGAUCUUUGGGAAGGCCCUAUAAUGGCUCAGCACAAUUGGUGGGGAACGAAUUAUAAAUCGGCUAUACAUGGAAGAAUAAGAGAUAAAAGCGAUGACAAAAGUCUUAUUCAAGUCAAAAGUGAACCUUAUUCCAUUUUAAAUGCCUCUUUUAUUCAAAAUUCAUGCCCACCCGGUUGGGCGAAUUUUGAAAAAGAACGAUGUUUUCUAUAUGUGGGCGGGGCGGUGACAUUUAAAGAAGCCAUUAAUUUCUGUACCAAACAGGGUGGCACGCUGCCAUACCUUAUUACGAGUACGAAGAUGCUUAAAGAAUUUGUGUAUUCACGUCAAUACCCUUAUUCUCCUCAAAUGAUGAUUUGGGUUCAAAAGCAACCUAGUGCCUAUUUAAAUAAUUACGAUAAAUGUUAUGCAUUAGUUGACGAAGUUAUCGAGGAAGUAUCAUGCAAAUAUAUAUUGCCGUUCAUAUGCGAAAUAAAUCCUAUUAUGGGCUUAUUCGUAACGGACUGGAUAGCUAAACCCUACAACAUAAUAGCUCUAAUUUUGCUAGCCAUAACUUUCGCUUUCAUACUUGUAGCCAUCUAUAUGUGGCGAACCAAAUCACGUCGAAGGAAAACCCAGGCUUUCAAUCGGCGAAAUUCUUUACGAUCUUCCAUCCGGUCUAAUCGUUCUAUUCGAUCAAUUCGCUCCAUUAAAAGUGGCUCGGGGAGUAUGGCUUACCGAAGUAACGGGGGCAUGCCAUCAAAAUGUAACUCACUGCCGUUCGAUUACUCUAAUUCAACCGAUCUUUAUUCUUUAGGAGGGGCCACAACUUUACGAACACUUUCCGAAGCUGGUUUUCAAGAGUACAGAGAUGGAGCCCCUUCAUCCUCAAUCGUCGAUGAAAGUGCUUUCAAUACGAUUAGAACCGAAAGAAGAAAGGGGGUAUCCCAAGGCGAUAUAGAAUCAAACAGCUUUUACGAUUGUUACAAAGGGGAAAAUAUGGGAGGAGUAAGUGCUGUAGGCGGUGGGGAUACUUUCAACGAUUCCAAUAGCGAUAGGAGCGGCACCGCUCUUCUAUCUUUUGGAAAGGGAUAUAACAAUUUAGAGGGAAAUAGCCAUGCUACCUCCGAAUUGACCAAUGUCAAAGAAAAAGGAGGCUCUAGAAAAACGUACGCCGACAUUAUAUACGAUCCAGUCGUUAAAGGAGUCGAAAUCCAAAAAAUGGACGACUCCGUUGAGCCAAAUCAUUAUACUCAGCCUUCGAUGCUGCCAGACGAGUACGACCGCGAUAACAAGGAUAGAUCCAGGGGAGUCGUCGAUAGUGCCUACGAUUCCAACGAAAGCAAAGAUUUUUUUAGUGAUAGAUUCUUUUACAACAGAGCCAAUAACGGACACUUUCCCUUAGGUGACGGAGACAUCGUAUUAAGCGCACCAUCUAGUGAUCAUGAUAAAUACGAUUCACCCUUCAGCCCUGAUGAUGCGAGUAAAAAAAGUGUGGAUGAAAUCAUAUAUCACGUGCCCAAUGUUGAUUCGAGCUAUUUCGACAUCCAUGGGAACCAAUUGGGCCUGAACAAUGCUCAAAUGGGCGACCAUAUGAACAACAACAAUGACCAACCGUGUUAUAUAAAUAUAACGUCUAAAAAUAAAAACACUUCAAAACGGACUUCCGAUUUCCCUUUGCAAUCUGAUCGCAGUUUGACAUAUUACGCUGCAAAUCCUACGGAAUUUGAUAAUAAUUUUCCCGACAAAUCAUCAUCCAUAAAUCUAACGCAAAAUAAUAUUGAUAACAAAAUCGUUAAUAAAUCGAACGACAAACUUCACACAAAAGAAUCCGAUGUUUGA